AUGGAGGAAUUAUUUUCAGACAUGCCAGAUACUUCCCAAUAUGGUUCCGCAGAAUCAGAUACUUCCAAUCUACCUUCACUGAGUGAUCGCUCACUCACUGAGGAGGCUGAAUUAAGGUCGAAGAUUGAGGAAAUUACUUUCCAAGUUUUGUCUCAGACACCGUGGGCCCAAAGACUCCGUUCCACAUUUUGUGUCUCGGAAGCAGAUGAAGACAAUGAUUUUGUUUCCCUGACUUUUCCCAGAAAACUUUGGAAAAUAGUUGAAAGUGACAAAUUCAAGUCUAUUUGGUGGAGUGAGGAUGGAACUUCUGUUGUGAUUAAGGAAGAUCUGUUUAAGGAAGAAAUUUUGGGAAGAAAGUAUCCUUUCAAAAUUUUUGAAACUAGAAGUAUGAAAAGUCUAAUUCGACAACUGAAUCUUUAUGGGUUUAGUAAAGUUCAGCAUCAAUUUCAACGAUCUGCUUCUCUAGUUGACUUUCUUGCCGAAGAAAAAGAGGCCUCUGUUUUAACCAAGUUGCUGUGCUACCAUAAUCCGAAUUUUAAACAAGGAUGUCCCCAACUGUUAGCAAGGAUGAAAAGAAGAGUCAAGAUUAAGAAUGUUUCUCCAGCAGCUGCUUCAUUGGUUCCACUUCUGAACCACAAGCAGCACCUCGAAGCAGAUGGUAAUGUAAGUAAUCCCAAUUCUCAUUUAGUUGCUGAAAACAGUGGAGAAAGUUUCCUUUCAACUUCAGGAAAUUCACUGCUAUCUCCAAUAAAGCAGCCUUCUAGCAGGCAAAUGAUUGAAAAUUCAACUUCUCUAGUCAGAAAUGACAUUUCUUUUACAUCAUCAGCAGUUCAACCGUCAGAACCAAUUAGAUCAAAUCAACAUGAAGUUCUAAAUCAUGUGGCCACUUUUCAUGUGCUGUCAAACAACAGCUACACCCAGGCUAAUGGCCACAUUGUAAAUUAUUUUACAACUUCAACUUGUCAAUAUCGGAUCAUACCUACCUUCCAAAAUAGAAAUCCUGGACUAAUGAUGGAGCCUUCUGUUAUCCCAACUCAAUAUCCUUAUGUAUUCGCCAAUCUUUCUACUGAUUCGAACCUGCUACUGCCAGCACACAAUCAAUGCUUCUUCAUUCCCACCAUUCCCAAUACAUCUGCUGCACCGUUUUCAAGCUCAGCUCAUCACACAUCAUCCUUAUACGAUCAUCAUCCUAACAGUAAUUAA